AGCGACAGGCCGCGGGCAGCACACGCUGUCGUGAAGUCUUGCGCCUCCUUCUAUCGACCUGUGAUGGGGAAGGGCAUUGUUCUUCUACCGCUCUUCCGCCUCUCUCUGCUGGCAUCUGUCUUCUUGACGGUCGUGGGAUGCAUCAUCUGCGCCAGACUCGCCCUCGACUCAAACAUGCUCUACUGGCCCAGGUUCCAUCCGUCUGUGAGUUUCGCCGGCAGCCCCGAGCGGUACGUCGCCGCUUUAUCUCUCAUCUUGGCUGGAACGUGCUGGCUGUAUUUCAUUUGGGGCCUCCUCACCGCCAAUCUUCCGGUGCCACCGCUGCUGAAGGGGAGGGUGCAGCUGACCGGACUGAUGGCUGCACUGGGACAUAUUGGGCUGGUCGGCCUGCUGGUAAUCUCUGCUUUAGUUGUUGGAUUUGGGAUGUUCCCCCACUGUGUGUCUGUCCACAUAUGUAGGUCAUCCCGGUGUUCGAGGAGGAAGCUGUCCACAACGCGUUUGCUUCCGUGUGGUGAGGCGACAGGGCUUGGGGGAGAAGACUCGUACGUGCAGAGCUCCCUGUCUCUCUUGGCUGGCCAUCCUCUGCAGGUUUGUGGCUAUCAUGAUCCAGACAGGUUUGAUGGCCUUUCUGCUCGACGCACCCCUGCUGCCUUCGGUGCUCCCUUCUCUCCUCCCCCCCCCCUCCUCCCUUGAGAGAAGCUGGCGUCACCUUCGGAAGCUGAUCGCUGCGCUGAUGGCCGUCUGCUGUAUGCUGAUUGUCGUACCCCAGCAGCUUGGCGUGACGGACGAUCAGGACCUCUUCUCGAUGGUGGCCAUAUCUGAGUGGGUGUUCUUGCUGGUGGCUGUUUUGUUCAUGCUGUCGUGUUGGCCAUACGCUCUGGGGUUUGAUCUCAUGCAGCCUUUUCACGUGAACCUACGCGGCUGUGUAUCUGGGGGUGGGGAGGAGUCGGGGGGUAGCAGUGGCAGCAGGCAGACGGGCGUGGGCAGUGAGUCGCCCAGCGGUGGGGGCUAAACUGUGGCGAGGACGUCAUGGUGGUGUUGGAGACGUGACUCCGUGCAUGGUAUUCACACAUGCUUGUUUAACAAAUGAUGAAAG